AUGCAAAUGAGGGCUCCUUGGCUCCGCCCCCGCUUCCUCCUGGGUCCGCCGCGACGGGGCGCGCGGCAUUUCAGACAGACGCGGAGGCGGCAGCAGCAGCAGCAGCAGCAGCAGCAGCGCAGGCAGCGCGCUCGGACGCAGCAAGCGAGCGGCGACGGUGGCAGCAGCAGAAAGGCGCCGGCCAGGAAAAAAAUCCCCCAAGGGAAAUGUGCCCAAGAGAAUAUCCGCUGGGAAAUUCAGCGUUACGACGGCUGGUACAACAACCUCAUGUAUCACAGACACAACUCUGCAGGAUCCCAACUGUCCCGGCUGCUCCAUGCCAACUACGCAGACGGUGUGUACCAGGCCCUGCAGGAACCACAUGUCCCCAAUGCCCGCAGACUCAGCGAUGUGGUGGCACGGGGGAACUCGGGCUUGCCUUCUCAGGAGAACAGAACCGUGCUGGGUGUCUUCUUUGGUUUUCACGUCCUUUCAGAGAUCUUGGAAGCCGAGAUGCCCGGCUGCCCGGCUGAAUUCCUGAACUUGGCUAUCCCACAAGGAGACCCCAUCUUUGACCCUUCAGGCUUGGGUGAUGUUGUCCUGCCCUUCCAGCGCAUGCAGUGGGCUCCAGGAACUGGACGAAGCCCCAACAAGCCCCGGGACCAGGUAAACGGAGUGACAGGGUGGCUGGACGGCAGUGCUAUCUAUGGCCCAACCCAUUCCUGGAGUGAUUCUCUGCGGAAUUUCUCACGAGGGAGGCUGCUUUCCGGAAAGGAUCACAGCUUUCCGAAGGAGACUGAGGCAAACAGCUUAAUGUGGAAGGCUUUGGACUCAUCCACAGGACAAGGGGGACCCAAAGGGAUCUUGGAUUUUGGAAAUGCCAAAGGAAAUGAAAACCUGUUCCUGCAGGCAACAAGCAUUGUGUGGUUCCGCUACCACAACUACUGGGCAGAAAAGCUUGAGAAAGAGAACCCUGGCUGGUCGGAUGAGGAUCUCUUCCAACACGCACGCAAACAGGUUGUGGCUACUUACCAGAAUAUCAUCCUGUACGAAUGGCUGCCGACCUUUCUGGGGAAGGAAAGUCUGGCGCGUUAUGAAGGUUACAAGCAGCAUGUGGAUGCCAGGAUCUCUCCUGAAUUCUUGGUGACUUCAGCACUCUUCCUGGGCACCAUGAUCCCUUCCGUGGUCUACAAGAGGGGUCCGGCUUGCCAUUACCGAGAAGGGAAUGACAGACUACGACUGUGCAACAGUUACUGGAACCGACAGAAUCCCAGUCUCAAAACAGCUAAGGAUGUCGAUGAACUGUUGCUGGGCAUGAGUUCUCAAAUUGCCGAGCGAGAGGACAACAUUGUGGUUGAAGAUCUCAGAGAUUACUGGUAUGGGACGGUGAAGUACUCCCGCACGGACUUCGUGGCCAGCUGGAUUCAGCGCGGCAGGGACCUUGGAUUAUCCACUUACAAUAAGGCCAGGGAGUUCUUCAAACUCCAGCCCAUUCAUACAUGGCUGGAUAUCCAGCAGCAGAAUCAAACGCUUCUCAAGGAAAUUGAGAACAUGUAUAACAACAACACAGACAGCCUGGAGCUGCUUACUGGAGCCCUGCUGGAAACAGACAGAACCCUUUUCCAUGCCAUCAUGGAGGACCAGUUUCUCCGUCUACGGGAUGGAGACCGGUUUUGGUUUGAAAACACCAGAAAUGGGUUAUUCUCAUCUGAAGAGAUUACAGCCAUUCGAAAGACCACAUUCCAUGAUGUCCUUGUCAACGUUACCUCUGCAGAUUCAGGAGACAUCCAGGGCAAAGUGUUUGUCUGGAAUGAUGGACAUCCGUGUCCCCCAGCCCCGCAGGAGACUGGAGAAGAGCUGCCCUCCUGCGUGGGCCUCACCGUGCUAGAUUAUUUCCAAGGAAGCGCAGCCGGAUUUGGGAUUCUCAUCACCGCCCUCUGCUGCCUCCCUCUAGUGAGUUUGUUUAUCGCCUGGGUUGUUGCCGCUUUCCGGAGGAGAUCGUUCAACAAGCUGCAGAAGAAGCAAAACCCCUGCGACAGGGCAGAGGUCUCUGCAGAGGGAAUACAAGCCUUUGAAUGGCAAGACCCCAAGGCUCCCAGCUCUCCUGUCUACCUUCAGCUGCAUGAAGACAAGGUGAUCAAAGUGCUUGACUGCAAGCUGGCCGUGCUCCGAAGCAUCACUCUGAAAAGCCAGGAGCAUGUGGAGACCUUCUUGUCCUACAACAAAGGCUGCAAGACUUUGCUCCUGAAGAUCCCUAAAGAAUAUGACCUGGUGUUGCAGUUUCAUGGUGAGGCAGAACGCAGGGACUUCCUGGAGCAGCUUAAAGCCUACCUGGAUAAAUACAGGCUGUCUCUCCACAUAUCUGAGAUGAAGGAACAGCAGCUGCUGAAGAAGGCCGUGACCAAGGAGCAGAGGAAGGACAUCCUGGAGAUUUUCUUCAGACAUUCAUUUGCCCAAGUUCUAGACAUUGACAAAUUAGAUGCCGGAGAGCUCAACCUAGAGACUUCCCAGAAAGCCAAAGAAGCCCUGAAAUGUGAGCUAAGCAGGGCAGAGUUUGCAGACGCACUGGGCCUCAAGCCCCAAUCCGUAUUUGUGGACUCCAUGUUCUCUCUUGCCGACAAAGAUGGCAACGGAUAUGUCUCCUUCAGGGAGUUCCUGGACAUCUUGGUGGUCUUUAUGAAAGGAUCUCCCCAAGAGAAGUCCAAGCUGAUGUUCACAAUGUAUGACAUAGAUGGGAACGGUUUCCUUUCAAAAGAUGAAUUCUUCAGGAUGCUGAGGUCCUUCAUUGAGAUCUCAAACAACUGUCUCUCACGAGACCAGACCGAGAAGGUCAUUGAGUCCUUGUUCAAGGAGUCAGGUUUCCAAGAUAAGGAAGAGCUCACCUGGGACGACUUUCACUACAUGCUGCGCGACCACGACAAUGAACUCCGCUGCACUCAGCUCUGUGUAAAAGGUUGCGGAGGGGGAGGUGUUUCUGACAAAUUCAGACAAAAUGAGAUAAAUCGAGUCUCUUUCAUAAACAAGGACAGAGAAAACAAAUUAUCCUUUCCUCAACCACAUCUGUACACAGAGGCACGGAGGGAGAGGUACCGGAGGAGCAAAGUCCAUCAGAAGAUCCAGCAGUUCAAGCGUUUCAUUGAGAACUACCGUCGCCACAUCAUCUGCGUGGUGAUAUUCUCAGCCAUCACGGCUGGCGUCUUUGUGGAGAGGGCAUACUAUUAUGGAUUUGCAUCGCCGCCCACAGGAAUUGCAGACACUACCUUUGUCGGCAUCCUCAUAUCUCGUGGAGCGGGAGCUAGCAUCUCCUUCAUGUACUCAUUCAUCCUGCUCACCAUGUGCCGAAACCUCAUCACUUUUCUGCGGGAAACGUUUUUCAACCGCUACAUCCCGUUCGAUUCCGCCGUGGACUUCCACCGUUGGAUUGCAACCGGAGCCUUAAUCUUUUCAGUUCUGCAUACUUUGGGCCACAUCGUCAAUGUCUACAUCUUCUCAGUCACCCCCCUCAGCAUCCUGUCCUGUCUCUUUUCCCACGUGUUUAUGAAUGAUGGAUCACAGUUUCCUCCUAAAUAUUAUUGGUGGUUUUUUGAGACAGUCCCAGGCAUGACCGGAGUGCUGCUCUUAGUCAUCCUCGCCAUCAUGUAUGUCUUUGCAACUCACUAUUUCCGGCGAAUCAGCUUUCGGGGGUUCUGGAUCACUCAUCACCUCUACGUGGUUCUCUAUAUCUUGGUUAUCGCCCAUGGCAGCUAUGCUCUGAUCCAGCAGCCCCGCUUCCACAUUUAUUUCAUUGUCCCGGCCCUCAUCUAUGGCGCAGACAAACUCAUCAGCCUGAGCAGGAAGAAGGUGGAAAUCGGUGUGGUCAAGGCUGAACUCCUCCCAUCAGGUGUCACUCACCUCCAGUUCCAGAGGCCCCAGGACUUUGACUACAGGUCUGGACAAUGGGUGCGGAUUGCCUGCCUGUCUCUGGGGACCACCGAGUACCACCCCUUCACCCUGACCUCUGCCCCCCAUGAGGACAUGCUGAGCUUGCACAUCCGAGCAGCCGGACCCUGGACGACCCGGCUGCGAGAGCUCUACUCCCCCGAAAGCAUCGCAGAAAUUGGCAAAUAUCCCAAGCUCUACCUGGAUGGGCCUUUUGGGGAAGGGCACCAGGAAUGGAACAAGUUUGAAGUGUCGGUGCUGGUGGGAGGAGGCAUCGGGGUGACACCCUUUGCGGCCAUCCUCAAAGAUCUCGUCUUCAAGUCCUCGGUCGGCUCCCGGAUUCCGUGUAAGAAGAUCUAUUUCAUAUGGGUGACUCGAACUCAGCGGCAGUUUGAGUGGAUGGCGGACAUAAUCCGCGAGGUGGAGGAGAAUGACCAGCGUGACUUGGUCUCUGUGCACAUCUAUAUCACGCAGCUGGCGGAAAAGUUUGACCUGCGCACCACCAUGCUGUACAUCUGUGAACGGCAUUUCCAGAAAGUCCUCAACCAGAGCUUAUUCACAGGCCUGCGCUCCAUCACCCACUUCGGACGGCCACCGUUCAUCCCCUUCUUCUGCUCCUUGCAAGAGGUCCAUCCUGAGGUCAAAAAGAUCGGCGUGUUCAGCUGUGGUCCUCCAGGAAUGACAAAGAAUGUGGAGAAAGCAUGCCAGAAGAUCAACAAGCGUGAUCAGACCUAUUUUAUACACCACUAUGAGAACUUUUAG